AUGGACCCAAUCGACAGUAAAAACGCGGACCCGUCAGACCACUCAACAAGUGAAAGACAGGAAAACGCGGCACCGGGAAUCGAAACGAGGGAUGAAAACCCAAAGAAGAUAGAUGAAGAAGAAAAAAUUGCAGCAGUAGAAGCAAAUGAAAAUGCUCCAACUGCUGCCAAUGAUGUUGUAAAUGACACAAAGGCGGGGGCGACGAACUUUGAUACUUCGAAUAAGGACAAAAACUGCGGCAUGGAUCCUACUAUCAACGUGAUCGAGGCGAACAACCAAAAUGUUUCAAAGGGAAACUCGACCGAAAAACUGACGGAAAAUGAGGAAAUCAGAGAGGGUCAUAAUGGCCUGAAUGUGGAAGACGCGUCCAAAUUGGUCAAAAAAGGAGCUGAACACGUGGACAAAAAGGAGGAUUUAAAAGAGGGGGAGCAAGAGGCUAGAAAGGAGGCUGAAAAGGAAGACGAAAGGGAGAACGAAAAAGAGAACUUUCCAAGUAGCCAACUCAAACCGCUUGACGAAGCUCCCAUGAGCAAAAACCCGGAUAUCAUCUUUUCCCCCAAAGCACCAACCACUUUUAGCAACAGCGAGCCGUUAUACAUCGAAGUGAAAGGCCUCCUGCAGGUCCUUAACGCUCAGGAUUUUGCGAAUAACAUGAGUAUGAAAAGUUUAGAUUUAGGAAAAAAAAACGAAACUGCACCGACCAGCAAGCGCUCACUUAGUGUGCCAUACAAAGGAGUUUCGAAGGGCAUUCCAAAGGACAUUAACAGGCAAAGCAGUAGAAGCACUAAUGCAGCUGCUGAGAAGUUUCCAGGGCUGCCCAAAUCAGCAAAUCUGCUAAAAAGACCCCCUCUUCCAGUUAAGUCGCCCAUAAUAAAUCCACCAAUCACAUUGAACAAAAGUAACCUCCAUAAGGAGGGAAUUACGGGGGAAGCGUUAGACACUGGUAAAGGAAAAAGCAUUUUUCGAAAUUUACCAAAGAAAAUCCCUUCACCGGAAGUAGUAAAUAUAAAGCCCAAAGCAAUGAUUAAAACGAAUUUUGUCCCAUUCAAAGAAAUUAGCAAAGACGAAAAAGCGAAAGCGCUGCUGCCAAAAGAAAAAAUAUCUUUGAAAAUUCCUCCAAAAGUGUUACCCUUUCUGAUUAAAGAGAAAAGUGUUAAGCAUAAAGCUCCUCCCAAGGCUAACAUAAAACACACGUUGCAUUAUCUUAAGAGAGCUGUAGAAAUAGGAAGCAAAGAAGUUGAUGAAUCUGCGACGGAAAGGAAAGAAGCUCUAAGUAGGGCCACUAGUCAUACCAGAAAGAGCUCAGAAAUGACUCGAAAAUUUGUAGAAAAACCCAAAAAUGCACAAAAAAGUAUCCCCUUAAAGAUGGAAGCUGUGAAAAGAGGAAAGGCAAUUUUAGACACGAAGAAAAUUUUAGCCAAAAAACCCAUCUCCAAGUUAGUGACCAAAUCGGAGACAAGGGAAAAAGGUGGAAAGAAACAGAUUCUGCUUAAGAGUAUACAGGAGAAAAAGCCACAACCGUCGGAGGCUCCUCUCGAUAUCGCUACCCCUAAAUUAGACAACACCCCAGAUGCAGAUAUUGAAAAGAGUCCCCAAAAGGAAGAAAAAACAGCCGAGGAAGGGGACCAUGCGAACAAUGAACAGAGAAACGUAAAUGAAGAUACCAAGGAAGAACCUCCUGAGGUGGAUAAGGAAGAGGUCGUAGUAGUUGAUACGGAACACAUCAUAGAGAGGGAAAAAACGUUAGAAGAAAAAAAUGAAUCCGAAAUAGGAAAAUAUAGGGAAGACAUGUACGACUUGACGAGAAGCGAAACGGAGAGGCCGGAAAGGGCAGGUGAAGGGGAGGGGGAAGUCGUGGGGGAAGCUGUCACGGUUGAAAGGGUAAAAAAGGUGGACGAUGGGGAUGAGCACACCGAUGCGGGUGGAGAUAACGACUUGGAUGCAGGGAAGGGAGAAGAAAAAGGCGAAAAAGACGAAAAAGAGGAAAAAGGAGAUAAAGCCGAAAAGGCGGAUGGUCAAGAGCAAGGGGGAAAUUCGGCUAGUGGGCCAAUGGGGGUAGAACCGGAAGAGUUGGAAGGUGGAGAAAAGGGACACAAAACGGUUCAACCAGCGGAAGAGAAGGGACACGAAACGAUUCAAGCAGCGGAACCGGAUAAGCCGGCGGAACCAGAAUCAGACGAGAAAAAGAAGGGGCUCCAAAAAGUGAACGAAGCGAAGGAGCCGAAAAAAACAAAAUUCGAGGUAAAGAAAGGCGCGGACCAGAAGAUAGGCAAAAAGGUGCCAAAAAGAGGCGAUAACGCAUCGGUAAAAAAGGAUGAGGGUGGGACGCCGCUGACUAUGAAGACGAUUGGGAAGGCGCCGCUAACUAUGAAGACGAUUGGGAAGACGCCUCUAACUAUGAAGACGAUUGGGAAGAUGCCGCUCACCAUGAAGGCAAUUGGGAAGGCACCGCUCACCAUGAAGGCAAUUGGGAAGGCACCGCUCACCAUGAAGGCAAUUGGGAAGGCGCCGCUCACUAUGAAGGCAAUUGGGAAGGCGCCGCUCACUAUGAAGGCAAUUGGGAAGGCUCCGCUAUCCCUGAACACCUUCGGGAAGGCACCUCUAGCCGUGAAGCAAAGUGCAAAGCCCGAAUUGGUCCUAAAACACAAGGCAACGAUGAAAGGCAGCCCGACGUUAGUAAAAUUAAAGACAAAUAUCACAGGCAACGUAAAAGAGAAGAAGAGCGUAAAAACUGAAAAAAGCAGCGACCCGAUAAAAAGUGUAACUGCUAAGAAUUCGCCCCAAAGAAAAAGCACCCUCUUUUUGAAGAAAGUUAACACUUUUAAGAAAGCUACAUUGAGCAAAAAUUCAUUGAAAGAUGUAGAUGCAGAAAAGAAGAAGCUUCUAAAAAAGCUAGAUACAUCUAUGAGUGAUAAAAAGGGGAAGAUAGAUGCAGAAGAAAAUGAUUCCAUUUCCAUGCCAAGUAAAAAUGUGUCCAAGAAAGUUUCUUCUGCAUCGAUUAAAAACGCCUUGUCCAAUUUUAAGAAAAAACCGUUCACUAAGUCCAAGACGGACAGCAUUCAUGAGAUCAGGUCGAACGGAGGCAACCACGACGCAAUCGUGUCGUCCAAGUCAGAAAAUAUUCACAGCGUGUUGGAGCAUCAGCAGCAGGAGCAGAGAGAAGCGGAAGAAGAGGAGUUAUUUACAAAAAAGCUGCUAAGUUCGAAGGAUCUAAGAGCGGGUGCAAAAUCGGACUCCUCCGAUGAGAGUGAUGAUCAAAAUGAAAGUAAAAACGAAAAUCAGAACCAAAAUAAAAAUGAAAACCCAAAUCAAGAUCAAAGUGCGAACGAAUCCCCUCCUCCCAUGGGGAAGAAGGAAGAAGUCGUCGGAUCCAAGGAGGGUGAAGAAUUGCCCAAGAUGGUAGCAAAAAAACCCUCUUUGAAGAAAUCCAAAUCGCUCAAGAAGCUCAAGUCCAAGGCGAGCAAAAAAAUGAACAUGAGUGAUGACAUGUCCAUUGGGGAAGAAAAGGGAACUAAAAAAAUUGCUAAGCUGAGUAGCUCCAAGAAGAUAAAAAGUGCCCUGUCUCAAAUGAAGGUGGAGAAGAAAAUGAAGAAGCUGAAAUCAGAAAUAUUGCACAAGGCAGCGAGCGGCGUAGCCAAAAUGAAAGAUAACAAGGGCCCCAAGAAAUAUAAAUCCAUCACUGGAAAUGGGAACAGUAAAGUUGCCAAAGAAGGACUGGGAAGCGAAUCCUUGCUGCAAAAGGAAUUAGUCAAAAUGAAGUCUUUUAAGGAUAAAUGGAACAACGAUUUUGUGACUCCAAGGAUAGGAGGUAUGGAUUCAUCUAAUAGCUUUUUUGCUCAUGACAAAUCGGAAAUGUCUAACGCUGAUGCGUCCGAUGAUGAUGACGCUGCCCACUCGGCUAACUCUCCUUCGGUGGCGUCCAGAAAGAUGCGAAAGAAGAAGAAAAUGAGUAACCGCGCGAAUGGAAUGCUGAGCAACCGCGUAAAUGGCCCUAUCAUCCGCACAGAGGACGCUCCGAAAAAGAGGGGAAUCCCCGCGAAGGGUAAAAAAACUGCCGCCAGCUCCACCAUUAAAUCGGUGGAGCAUAGAACUGUGAGCGACUUGGAGCAGGAAGCACAACAAAGCUUCCUGGGAAUACAUAGAGACAGCAGGGCCACGAACACACGUGGUGAAGGAAGAAGAAACAACGGAGAAGAAAGAAGAAACAGGGGGGAACAAAGACGAAACAGCGGGGAAGAAAGACGAAACAGCGGGGAAGAAAGACGAAACAGUGGAGAAGCAAGCGCUGCGAUGUUAAAAGUGAGAAACGCUUCCCUGUUCAAUUUUAACCGAAUCAAAUCGACGAACACGUUGAGGAACUUAUCCGUCCAAGUGAAGUUAGAAUCGCCGCCCCCCACGGAAGUGCAAUCCCGAGAGGAACCCAAUUUGAAGGUAAACAAUUUAUGCUCCAGAAGGCCAUCAGUUAGCAGAAGGACAAGUGGGAUGAUCACGCAAAAUACCAGUUGGAUGUUUGACACAUGUUGCUCAGUGGGGAAUAACAGCACUACUACUCCCUAUGUCGACGAGAGAAAAGAACCCGCGGUUCAGAAUUUCAGCUCCCUCUUUAAUGUGAAUAAUAAAUAUAUGCCGCGAAGCAGGAAUUUACAAAUGGCUCUCCUGUCUGGCAACAGCGUAAAGCUGUCAAAUGUUUACGAGUCUGAUUUGCUGGGCAGAGGGGGGGAAUGGACGCUGAACAGAGAGACUCUGCGUGGGUCGCUCAGCGGCAACAAGGCCAGCGACGGGAGCCCCUUGCGCAGACCGGUCAGCGGAUUGAUGAGUAGUCCGCCGAGCAGGCCGAUGAGCAGCCAGGUGAUCCGCCGAGUGAACGGCCAGAUGGGCGGUCAAAUGGGGAGAGACCAGAUGGGCGGCCAAUUGAGGAGAGGCCAAAUGGGCGGCCAAUUGAGGAGAAGCCAACUCAGCCACCAACUGGACGGACGGAAUAGCCUCCCCCUGAACUGCAAAAUGAAUUCUGCAUCAUACUCUAAUAGAUCACUCCUAAAUAAUAGCGGCCCCCUGGAGUUAAGAAGAAGGCCAUCCUGCAGCACAACAGUGAAUUACUGCAGUUGUAUAUAG